GGGCUGAGCCCGGCGGAGCUGCCGGCACGCAAGCUGCGGAUAGUCUCUGGUGAUGAAAAGCAAUACUUCGGUCUCGCGGAAGAGAAUGGAAAUCUGCGCGUAAAGGAGAGGAUAGACCGAGAGGAUAUCUGCGGGGCUGUGUCGCCCUGUGUCCUCAAUUUGGAGGCUGUCGUGGAAAACCCUUUCAAUAUUUUUCAUGUCAGCGUUACUAUCCAGGAUAUCAACGACAAUGCGCCGCAUUUUGACAGAGAAUUUGUUGACAUAGAAAUGAUCGAGUCCAUGGUUCCUGGGGCCAGGUUCCCCCUGGGCAGUGGCAGAGAUCCCGACAUCGGGGCGAACUCUUUACAAAACUACCAACUUACCCCCAAUCCGCUCUUCUCCCUUGUAGUGAGGGAGAGUCCUGAUGGGACGAAACAUGCAGAACUGGUAUUGGAGAAAAGCUUAGAUCGAGAAAAACAGAGAAAUCACCAUUUGACAUUGACGGCGGUGGAUAGUGGGAAUCCAGUCCGAUCCGGGACCGUCCAGAUUACUAUUUCUGUGACCGAUGCAAAUGACAACCCGCCGGUAUUCACCAAAGAGAUCUACAAGGUUCAGCUUCUGGAAAACCUGCCAGAGGGCUCCUUAGCUUUUCAGGUGAAAGCUACCGACAGCGACGAAGGUACAAAUGCAGAAAUUACCUAUGCUUUCAGUGACAUUGCAAACAGUGCUCGGCAGCUCUUCACUCUAGACUCGAGGACAGGACACGUGAAGGUAUCAGGCCCUUUAGAUUAUGAACAAGGAAAAUAUUAUGAAGCAAGUGUUGAAGGCAAGGACGGGGGCGGACUGAGUGCUCAUGCGAAAGUCCACAUAGACAUUCUAGACGUGAACGACAAUGCACCAACACUUUCCCUCCUGCCUAUCUUGAACCCGAUACCCGAAGACUCGGUCCCGAGCACAGUUGUAGCUGUGGUCAAUGUUCGCGACAAAGACUCGGGAGAUAAUGGCAAGGUGAACUGCAAUAUUGACGGCGAUAUGCCUUUCAUACUAGAAUCGUCAUCAGGGAACACCUAUAAACUAAUAAUAGCCAGUGCCUUAGACAGAGAAAAGGACUCUGCUUACAAAAUCACCAUCACAGCCAGGGACAGGGGCAGCCCGGCGCUCUCGAGCAGCACGACGCUAGUGCUGGAGGUGUCGGACGUGAACGACAACACGCCAGUGUUCGAAGAAGCCGCCUACAGUGCCUACGUGGCAGAGAAUAACGCGGCGGGCACGCCGGUGCUGCGCGUUAGCGCCCGGGACGCAGACGCAGGCGCCAACGGGC